AUGUCGGUCAACAUCCCGCCGGUACCUGUCGCCGAACCCGAGAAAGUGAUCGCUUUCUUUGUUCCGAUCGCAGUUUCCGCCUACGCUACCGAGCUUCUAGUGAGUUUUGCUCAACUUUUCAAAAAACCCUAUGCCAUUAUAGGAAUUGGCUCUCCGCGACACUCCAGGGGUCACCGUUUGCGCCGGAACUGUUGUCGACUACCCAAAAGAUGCGGGAAUUCACCUCUCGGCCCUACGUCCGGAUGCUCAGAUUCUUCCGGAUAUGGAUUUCCCCGUGGUAAACGAGGAAAUCAGGCAGGAUGCGUCAAAGAAAAGGAAUGUGAAAAAGAUCAGAUACAGGCACUUUCGUUCAAAACAACUGAUUUACAAUAGAAGGAAGCUGAAAAAGAAGAAGAAAUGCAAGGAUUCGCCACCAGAAGCCGCCAAUCAUCGAUGUGCACACGAGCUCUGCGAUCAGCUCGCCAAGAAGUACGGGGCGCCGAUUCCGAAUCCGGACGGAAGUGCGUCGGCACCAAGACUCAUGAUACAGUACCCCGAUCUUCCGUUCAUGGUUCCAUACCAUCAAGAGUUCAACGACAUCGGCGUCCCUCGUGAGGUCGUCGACUUCUGCUACACUGCCGUGUUCACCGUGAGUCACAUAGUUCUCCCACAGAAUUAGGGCACUUCUCGUCAUACGACACCCCCUAUUUGUGGCGCGCGGGCGGGGGGAAAUGAUUCCCUUCGUGUUUUUUUACGUUAUUAAGUUCAGCUGCCAUUCUGUCGGUGGAGAUGGCGACAGGUAUGAACCGAAAAUUGUGUAACAACACCGAACAGCUGAAAAUUUUGGGAAAUGUUAUGGGCAUUGAAGCCUUUUUAGAGAAAUUUACAUAUAGGAAGACGUGCAGAGAAAGCAAUUACAUGAUUAGUACGGAUGGAAAGUAAUCGGAUUACCGCACCUGGGCGAUGUGACAUAAUAAUGAGCAUAGGUGUGAAUAAGAUGUUAAUUGAAGAGCCCGAGCAGAUGACACACAAACCCAUCAUUUUCCAGGCCGACCCCAAUGAACGACUGCCGAAUCUCAAGCUCGAGGGAUCAGAGUGA